UCAUGCUGGAGGCUUCAUGUGACGGGAGAGAAAACGGGAAAACCAGCUGAUAUGACGAUAUCGCCAGAGCAGAGUGCUCUUUCGACUACAGCCAGUGCAAAUGAUAAAGGUGCUCUUCCACUGCGGCUGAACAUUUCGGGGCACAGUUCACAGCGGAUCGGCUGUAACACAGCGAUGCUUCCUGGCAGCCCGCAGUACACGCUCGUCGGGUUCUCCGACGUACUCGACUGGAAGCCCUUGCUUUUCGUGAAGCCGAUACCGCCGAACAGAGUGUGCGCCUUGUGCGGGCUCAUACGACCAGUGAGCGUGCUGCUACUGUGUGGACACGUAUUCUGUGACUGCUGCAGCGAACAGGGCGUGGUGGACGACGACCACCACUGCCCACUAGACGGUGGCCGCUGUACGAAGGACGACGUCGAAUGGAGGCGAUUUCCUGCCGCCAACCUGCUGCAGAGAGAUGUAUACUGCUGGAACAAGCGAUCUGGAUGUGCAGCCGUCAUGCCUGCGUCUGAUGUCUACAAGCAUUUUCUGAAUGAAUGCACGCACCACUCGACCUUUUGUACAAGAUGUUCUAAUGCUGUUUUGUACAGCAGUAUUUACGCGCACGUCAUAUCACACUGUAGGACUCUGGCCAUAUCCAGUGCUCCAGAGAACCCUCAAGGAUCGAUUCAGAGAGACCAAACGACAACGACGGGAGCGACCACACAAUGUGCCGAAAAAUGUGCGGCUGAAAUAAACGUUGCUUUGCACAGCAUUCUGAGCGAAAGCAACGCACAAAGCAACGCACUUAACGAUCUGUCUCAAAAAAUGAACAUUGUCAUAAACGUUGUGACAGAGGAAUCCCGAGUGGUAGCUACACGAACUAAUGAAUGUCUAGAAAGAAAUGCUGCUCAGUUCAGCGGGAUCAACGAAUCAGUAGAACAAUGUUUGGCGGCUUCGAACAGUUGUCUAGAGCAAAUUUCUGGAAUGCUUGCCGUCCUAAAGAACACGAUGAGCAAAGUGGAACUCGCAGCCCAACGCGAGCAUGGUGUGGUGGCUAAAGCAGCGGCUCAAAUUGGCGCAAUGCAAAUGGAAGUUAAUGAGAGUAGUCAAGAAAUAUUGCGCGUAACAGAAAGGAUGCUGGCGCAUAGCUCAAUCUUGCUUAAUUUCUACACUUUUAAUGUACAAGGAGUAAGCGCACUAAAACGAGAUGCUCUGGAUGAAGGCGAGACUACGUUUGAAUGCGAUAAGGUGUAUCUGCGCGGCUACUACAUGUCACCAGGAGUGUGCCUUAGGAAGCAAAACGACUCGCUUUCACUACAUAUUGUGAUUUUUCUUCACAAAGGCGUACUCGAUGACUUUGUCGAGUGGCCCUUCCAUAAUACGGUCCAGCUCAGCGUAAUACAUCCAAUUUCCGGUCUUAGGCGCGAAAUUUGCUGCAAGUUUUCUAAAGAAAACUUACCCUUUCUACAGAAACCAGUUGAAUCUAGCAACAGCGAAGUUUUUUCAAAACAAGCGUCGCUCUCCUUGAGUGAUCUGGAGCAAGACGGCUACGUGCUGGACGACAAGCUACAGUGCCGAUGGGACAUUCUCUGAAGUUCAAUGUGGCGCUUUAAGGGUUGUGACACUGAGUUCUGCGGUAUGCCUUGAUGGAUCGGAAGGGGCGGUUCAAGCUGUCCUUUACAAACAUGUCUUUUAAAUCUGUAUUAGAAAUACGCUUGAUAUAUUAUUGUCCCUGCCAUGCUGUUAGUGUCGACGACGUCAUCUGCUUGA